AUGCCGAGCCAGCACGUGCCCGGAAAGGGAUCUUUGCAGACGCUCCGCACUAAGGUGGAGACCGGCCACAUGCGCUCCGCGAAGAAAGGCUGCCUCGGCCGCAAACUGACCGCAGAGGAGCUCGAGGCGUGCAAGCGGGAGCUCGCCGAGCUGGAGGCCAAGCGCAAGGAGGGCAUGGAGCACCGCAAGAAGGUGGCGAAGGAGACCCUCCAGAACACGAGGGAUCUCAAGCAGGGCCAGGCCGAGCUGAAGCAGGGCCAGGGCGAGAUCAAGGACGGCGUCGGCCGCAUCGAGCAGAAGCUCGACCGCAUCCUCGGGGCCGAGGGCAGCAGCCAGCACCACAGGGAGCUGGCCAAGCAGGCGACCAAGCGCGAGCGCGAGAAGGCCAAGGAGGAGCUGAAGCGCCAGCGCGAGGAUUCCAAGCGCAAACGCGAGGAUGACAAGAUCCGCCAGCUCCUUUCCGUCGGGCUGUCGAUCCACUGUGUCGACCGCUUCGUGGACGGUGUGCUCAUCAGGGGCGGCGUGCUGUCCCCGCAGUGCUUCGAGGUAGAUGACCUUGGCGCCCCGUUCGAGCUGUGCGGCUUGGACUGUCGCCUGGCGGUGUUGAAGGGCACCAUGGCCCUUGUCCAGGUCAUGCAGUGGGAAGGGCGCACUUUCCCGGAGAGCGAGCUGAAGAGCCUGGGGCUUGAGAAGAUGGAAGCCCAGCCGCGAAACGGCUUGCCUGGCAUGGAGAUCGUUUACGACGAGGAGAGCAAGGGGCUCAUGUACAACAAGCCAAUCGUGAAGACAGGAGCGGAACGUUGGAUUCGAGUCACCGAAAGGUAUUUCUUGGUCCGCCUCCUGAUGCCCGCGUCGUGUGUGUUCGAGCAGCUGGCUCGCACCGAGGAGGCUGCCGAGCCAGCAGCCCAGCCAGCAGCCACGGAGCCCGCAGAGGCAGCGCCUGCAGAGGCAGCGCCCGCGGAGCAGCCGCCACCGGCGCCACCGGCCCCCAAGCCACCCUCCCCUGAGCCAUUAAGCGCGGCUUACGAGCAGCUUCCCGAGAUUUUGGUCCACGGGGUGCGCUGCAGCCACCUGGUGGCCGACUACUACAUUGUCAAGGAAGUCGAGAAGAUGCUCGACUACCUGCGGGGUGGCGAGGCCUUUCCCGAGCUGUUGGAGAUCGUUUUGUGCAUUGAGUCGACGAGCCCCCCUUUGGGUACCUUCUAUGGAAUGCAGUUGAAGCCGGAGAACCGCUCCCAGGUGCCGAGCACCUGCGCUCAGCUGCGCCUGAAGUUGACCUUCGAGCAGCCUGCCGAGCCCUCAGCCGCACCCAUGGUCGAAGCAGCGCCCGCGGAGCCAGCGCCUCAGCCACCGGCGCCGCCAGCCGCCCCUCAGCCACCGGCGGGACUGCUGCAGUCCUUGCAAAGUGAGCUUGACAUACACAAUUGCAAAAUACGGGUUUACAACGACUCGAUCCCGGAUGGCAUGCAGGUUACCAUCCGCGGGAUGCGCUGCAGCUACCAGUCGGCCAACCACUACGUUGUCAAGGAUGUCGAGAAGAUGCUCGACUACCUGCGGGCCGGCAAGCCCUUUCCCGAGCUGCUGGAGAUAGUCGUGUUCAUAUGUCCACAGGCUACUGGCCGCGAGCAUCACAUUGACAUGCUGGGCAUGCCUGCUUUCCGAGUGGUGAUCAAGCCGGAGAACCGGUCUCAGGUGCCGAGCCACUUCGCCGAGCUGCGCCUGAAGUUGACCGACGACGAGAGUUGGCCCACCGCCGAGCCGGCAGCAGCCGAGGAGCCAGCCCCUCAGCAUUUUUCCGAGAAGAAGCCCGAGGACUCUGAGGACAGCUCGACGCGAGCCGAAACGGAGCCCGCGGAGCUGCCUGCCAUCCAGGACGCCGAGCCCGCAGACGAGGAGCCCGCCCAGACCGUCCGCAUCUUCGGCGAGCAGGGCUUCGACGUCGAGAUCACCGACAAAAUCCUCAGUCGGGUUUCGGGCGACCUCUUCCACGCCGGGCAGGUCCUGGAGAUUCUGGGGUUCAGGGCCACUUUGCAGCUCUUCAAGGACAGCCGCAAGCUGGGCACGCCCCAGAUCUUCGAGAAUGUGGUCCCGGAGAUGGUGGAUGACCGCCGCAGCGGCAAGGCCUUCAAGGUCGACGGCAGCAUCGCCAAGGUGACGCGGGUCACUCUGCUCUUGGAGGCCCCCACCUUGCUCAACGGCUUCUGGGGCUACUGGGAGGAGGGCGACCGCCUGAUAAUCAGGGACUUCGAGGCGUUGCUCACGGCCGACCGCCCAGCCUAUGGCGUGGGGACUGUCUUCACUCUCGACAACGACAUGGAGAUUUUCCAGCAGUACGAUGCGAACACAAAGACCCUCCGCUGCCAGCGCGGGAUCGACGCGUCGCGGCUCCGGGAUCACAUUGCUGCCGUGCACGAGGGCCGCCGGGAGCACGCGUGCCCCCACUGCCAGAAGCGCUUCGGCUUCGCCUCGGGGCUCCGAGAGCACGUUAGGCUCGCCCACGAAAACGUCCGGCCGCACGGCUGCGGCCUGUGCGGCCGGAGCUUCCACAAAGCCGCGGACCUCCGCGCCCACGCUGCCAUCCACGAGCGCCGCGGUUUCGUGUACCGCAGCGGCCGGGAGGCGUGCGUGGAACGUCUGCUGCGCCGGGAGGAGCUGCCCUUCCGCGCGCAGCUUCGCGUAGAUUUCACGGAUGGCUCCAGCCACGGCGGCCACGCGCUGCUGGACUUCGCUGUAGAGCGCGACUGGGGGCUGAUCGCCCUGGAGGUGGACGAGGGACAGCACGCCUCCAGGGAGCCGGCGGACGAGUGCCGCCGCAUGGUCGAGAUCUUCCGCUCGAAAAGCCGGCCCCCCGGCAAGCUGCGGUUCGUGAGGUACAACCCGGACUGCGGGCUGCACGUGGUGGAGCGCCACGGCCGGCUGCUGGAGGCGCUGGCGGAGCCGCCGCCGGCCGGCGACCUGGAGAUCCUCUACUUGUACUACGACCUGCCGGCGCCGGGCGCUGAGCUGCCGAGCGUCUGCCUGAGGGCCGACUACUUGGAGGAGCUGAGGGCCGUGGCCCGCGCCUACUGA